CUCUUCAGCUUUAUAUAUUAGUAUAGAUUAUUAUGGUUGUGGAAGCCUAAUAAAGUAAUACUCGGCGUAGAGCGGCCUCUCUCUUCAUUUCCCGCAGUUACGAAGAAGAUUUGACGUAGUUUUUAAUGGUGGUUUAGACCUAGAAGACUAGAGUCACUAAUUAACGUUGCGACAGUGCCCGAAAAAGGUCUACUUGAAAAAAAAAUGAUUUUGUUUUUGGGUAAAGGUGAAAAGAACCAUAAACCAUGUAUUUCAGGACUCAAUUCAAUACGUUCCCUGAUAACAAUACAUUUCUAUCGUACACAAAUAAAACAGCAGACGGUCGUUAGUCUCGAAAUGUCGAAAGUACGAAAGAAAAAUAAAAAGCAGGCAUUGGUAGCCCGAUAGGUUAUCGACUACUAAAGCAGAUAAGUAAUGGAAUAUUAUUUUUCCAUCUUCGUCACGAUAAAGACGUUUAGCAUCAGGGAGCCCAUCACUUACCCGUUGGAAUUCAGUAUUGAGGCAAUCGCGGAUCCGUUAACGGCAGUGUAAUGGUGUUUUUAUGAUUUUUCCCCGCCAUCAACACUGCCUAAAGCUCUAUUGUUUCACGCUGAGUGAUUUAUUUACGCCGGAAUGUAUGAGGUGUUUAGAGAAGCUGGAUUUGGAUGCGUGCUUCUGUGAAAUGAUGGCAGUUUAUAACGCCCUGACACGCGGCCGGGCCUGAUUUUUUGAGUUAUAUGGUUCUGCCUAUGUAAAUAUCUGACGGUGAUUAUUAAGCAAAUCCUUCUCUCGCAUUCGUUUCAAUGCUCAUGGAUUACUGAGUGUUUUUAUGAAUAUUGCAGAUAAUAUGGAAAUUGAAUCACGGACGACGAAAAUAUCUAACACUUUUGACACACUUUUAGGAAUUUCAGAUAUAUUAUGAUAACGAAAGGAAAUAUAAUUUAUCUUUUCUGACGAAGUAUCAUCAAAAGCCAAUUUUGAACGUCGUCGCUUUGCUGUUCUUGUCGCGAUUUCACAUCUGCAAAUCUUUAUGAAAUCAAGAUUUGAACAUAACGUUUUUACAGCGCUCUUGCUUCUAACUCAUUUCUAUAAAUCGACGAUAAAGCUUUACAAAUAACAAUAACAUGAUCUUUAUUGGCAAUUCAUUGUGAAUACGUAAAUAUGUCGCGUAUCAAGUUUAUUGCUUUGUUGGUAUUCGUCAAAACGUUUUAUUAUCUCGCUAGUUUGGGGAGGCUCAUAAACUUGGAUCUCAACCGUGGGAAGGGCUGCAGGAUACUUUUUACUUCGACACACGCACACACAGCCUGUGAACGCAGACAGAGGUUUGUGAAAACUCAUCCCCGCAUUUGUACACCAACUGGCUUCGGUAAAUGUUUGCUUGGCUCGAUAUUGCACGCCACAUGACGCUUUUUGCUCUCCACUCUUGCCACCGACGGCUGUUUGAAAUCAUGUCCUGUUUACAAAGAUAACUUUCAUCUCGAAUGGAACGGUUACAUUAGUCGUUUGACUGUUUUGCGUCCGCGGGGCGGAAAACUAAUUUGGAACGAACGAUACGUAGAUAAACUUUGUUGCGCGCAAGACAGUUGCGUUUCAAAUAAACAUGUGCUUUAAUUGUUAACGCGAUAAUUGUAAUUGGUUUAUACAGUUUGUGGGGUAUUCCAAUAAUCGUUUGUAUUUCCAACUUUUUGGUCAAACAUUAAAAAAUUAAAUCUUCAUUGUCAAUCUUCCAGCGAAACAUACAGUUUCAAUGCUUGUCAAAUUGACAACUUACGAAUUAUACGCAAAGUAUAGUUAGUAGUUUUGGAUAUUAAUUCUUAAGUACGCCUGUUAAGUGCAAUGGAUUAUUUCGCUGAUUCCGAUGAGGACUCGCCUCCUUUGGUUGAGGAGCUCCAUGUGGCCAUUUCGACCACAUCGUCAUCUCAAGAAGUGUCUUUGGAGUCCGUGGAGUGGAUUCCUGAAGACAGUCCGAAGAUGAAGCUGUACAAACAGGGGCUCUACGAUCCUGGUCCCGGAGAGAUUUGUGCAGAAUAUGUGUUCGUGUCGUCAAGCUCGCUUCAGGAACAUCUGUAUUACUGCUAUCCAGGGGUUACAGAUCCAGGCAUUGUUGAAGCGAUACUUCGUCCAGAGAAGCAAAAAAUAUAUCCUGAUGAUGGACAAGAAUUAUAUUUGGAUUUGUGCGAUGAAAUGAAGAUAAUGCCAGUUGGGAUAUUUUACAGAGGUUUGCGAGACAAACAAAUCGAUUUAAAAUAUUACGGCGUCAACCCAUCAGGAGUGAGGGCUAUGUGUAUGGCGUUAGUUAACAAUCGUACUGUCAAGCGGCUGGAUCUGACUGGGAACUACUUAGAGGGCCCCGACGCCUGCUACCAUCUCGGACAAAUGCUGGGUGACAGGAAUGCUCUGCAAAGUCUUGUGUUGUCUUGUUGCAAAAUAAGUCCUGAGGGUGUCCGACGGCUGGUGGUCUAUCUGUCUCGACGCCAAAUGACAUUACUGGACUUAUCGUGGAAUGAUUUAAGAGAUUUAGGACUGUCGUACCUAGCCGAAGCCAUCGAACAAGGUGCAGUUAUUAAACAGUUAAAUUUGAGCCGCAAUGACUUGUCAAGCGCAAGUGCUUUCAUAUUGGCCGAUGCGCUCGGCGUCAACAAUUGUGUUACACAUUUGGAUCUUUCUUGGAAUAAGUUCACGAGGGUCAGAGGUCAAGUUGCCCUUUGCCGUCGUCUGGGCCAUAGCAACGUGCUGGUGAAGCUGGACUUGUCCUGGACAGGCCUGAACAUCACCUUGGAGCUGCGGAACUUGUUGGGAAUCAAAAACUUAAAGAUACUCAACCUCAGCUACAAUAGGCUUUCUACUGUUGCUGCUAAGAUCAUAGCCAAGAGUCUACAUUUGGCGAAAAAGCUUCAAGUUCUGGACCUGUCUUCCAAUCCUUUCUUGCCAGGUGAUGCGUUGUUGCUUCUGGAGAAGAUGAGACACGAGAAUGUCAAAAUACAGGAGUUACUGAUGAACCAUGUUGUGGUCAGCAAGGAGUUUUAUGAUGAGCUGCAAGCAAUAUUGGCGUUAGAUUUUAGAAAGAACACAAAGAUAACACAUGGUACGGUGCUCUGUAACUAUUCGAUAAAGUUGCAUGAUUUGAGGACGAUCACAGUGCAGAGUCUGAUCCAUACGACAAAGAAGAAGAAGAAAAGUAGGAAGCCGGACGCUGUAGACUUCAUAAUGGAUUUCCAAAAGAGACACAACAGUGUCGAGCCAGGGGAAUUCAUUAAAAUAUUGCAGGCAAAGGAACUGCACAUCCAUGAUGAGAUCAUAAAUGGUCUCGUGGAUCUGUUUCCUGGACCCAAGAAUGAUAAUGGAUGGAAAACUCUUAGCUUAAAAGCUCUGGUCGAGUACAUCUAUAGGCUACUCCCUCAUAAGAUGCCGCCACUGAGCCCGCCAGCGUCACCAACGCCACCUGAACCGAUUUCACCAAUGGCAGGAAAGAAGUCACCUAUACAGGGAAAAUAGUUAUGACUUAGAACAAAGUAUGUCAUGUCUGUUAACGAAAAAGUGUAAGCAUGAAGAAAUGGUAUUCUAAAAUACCUAAUGGUGGUCUAAAAUGAUUUUCGCGUCUAAAGUGUUUUAUUUCGAAACCAUACAAUGUGUGGAGAAGCUUCUUUAUUUCCUCCGAAAAAAAGUGGAACGUUUUAUUUUUAAUACUAUCUAGAUUAGUCAUGCAAGACACAAAUUAUGACUAGAAUAAAGAUGGCAGCCUGCUAAAAUGAUUAGUGUCAUUCCGUGUUGCCAUCGUUAUAUAUUUAAUUGUUUAAGUUGACGUUUCAUUGUUCUUGUUUAAAGCAAAUAUGUAAGAAUCAAAAACUUAAAUUUAAAUAGAAGAUAAUUUAAUUUAAGUUAACAAAACAGUAAGAUACUAUUUUUUAAGUUCUUUUUAUUACAAAGUAAGAUCGUUCGCUUACUUUUAUGCUCAUAACAUAUUGCUAGGUAUAUUUCGUUCUGCAGGCUUAAAUGGAUUCAUUUGUUAAAUGUAAUCUGUAAAGAUUACAUCGCCUGGCCCUUGUGUUGAAGGCAAAAUUAGCUGCUUCUCUUUGCUAAGGUAUUCACAACAAUAUCUUGUUAUCUUAAGUUUCACUUUGUACUGAAAUAUUUAAUUUGUUUCUGUGAGUUGGCUCGAGAAACAUUUUAGAUAGAAGUGUGUUUAUGUUAUAUUUUAAGACAAGCCCCUAUAUUUUAAUUAUUUUCAUAAGAUUCAAUGUAUUCUUUAUGUUCCAACAUUGUAGUUUUGAAGUAAUUUAAGUCAAACUUUAUGUGUGUAGUAAUAAAGUUGUAAAUAAAGUGUCUGAAGAGUGCUUUUGUGUUUAGUACGUGAAGUAAAUGUCUUUUGGGUUUUAGAGGCCAUAAAUAAGAUUUUAAUCCUUCGUGUAAAUACUGGGGUUGAGACGUAACGAUGGGUUGGGGAACAGUGUGCGAUCCCUCUCGGUCUGCCCGACGCGAGUAUAUUAUAAGAUGUUUCUCAUAGCAAGUAAAUUGUCAAAAUAUUGCUAAGAAUUACUGUACAUAUCAAUAAAUUAUUGAAAAUACUAAGCCAAUUUAACUUUGCGCGAGUAUGCCUAUCAGAGGCAUUAUAAGUUUAUUAGCAGAACGUCAUGGCAUGUUGCCAUUAUACAAUAAUUUAUAAUGUUACUUCUUUAAUAACCCUCAACACGGUCAUGAAGCAAGGUUUAAUUGU